AGCAGCCAAAGAGCGCAUCCAAACGCUACGAAUGGACACGAGUUCUAUCCCUCGGAAUCAAGUGAUUGUUUCCAUUGAGAACUUCAUUGUCGACAUCAAUGGCGAUAAAUGGUAUGACGUCGGAUGUCUUGUAUUGGACGACCCGGUGAUGGGCAUAAACAUCGAGGUCUACACCCAAAUGACUCCAAUACCCAACGAAUGCGUUAAUCAAAUGCAAUUCGAAACACCAAUUGAUUACCCGUUAAAGAGCACCGGUUAUAGCGUUACUGUCGGCGCAGUUAUGGCACAAAAACUGAACGUUUCUCCCGAAGAAUGGCAUCAAUCGUGGGUUGGAAUCAGCCGUAAGGAUAUCAUACAACAGUCCGCCAACGCUUUGGCCAAUCUUUAUAAGAAUCGUUUGUUGAGAUAAAAUUGUUUUAUAACUAAUUAUUUAUUUAUAUUUUAAUCAUUUGUUUUUCUAUUCAUUCAAAAUAUCUAAAUAAAUGUUUUAUGGUUUCCAUUAAUUUAUACAAAUAAAGCCAAUAAAUGGAUAUUUUUUACUAUAA